AACCGCUAGAGAGGAUGGCUUCCAGCUUCAGGAGGUCAAACAUCACCAGCCAGAAGAGAAAGGUGGGACCUAAGCCUGAACUCACUGAAGACCAAAAGCAAGAAGUUCGAGAAGCCUUUGACCUCUUCGAUGCCGACGGAAGCGGGACCAUCGAUGUGAAGGAACUCAAGGUGGCCAUGAGGGCGCUGGGCUUUGAACCCAGGAAAGAAGAGAUGAAGAAAAUGAUCUCCGAGGUGGACAAGGAGGGAACAGGGAAGAUCAGCUUCAAUGAUUUCUUGGCUGUGAUGACUCAGAAGAUGGCUGAAAAAGACACUAAAGAAGAAAUCCUGAAGGCUUUCAGGCUCUUUGAUGACGACGAAACCGGGAAGAUCUCUUUCAAAAACCUGAAACGUGUGGCCAACGAACUGGGGGAAAACCUCACGGAUGAGGAGCUGCAGGAAAUGAUUGACGAGGCUGAUCGCGACGGUGAUGGGGAGGUGAAUGAGGAAGAGUUUCUUAAGAUCAUGAAAAAGACCAACCUUUAUUAA